AGCAGCAGCAGCAAAUCAUUGUGGAUUAUAAAAGUCUUGGCAAUAACACCAAGUUGGUCACAAAAUGUCUACAAUUUUUGAUUCAAUUCUUGUCUAUUUACUAUUAUUAUUGUUGUUGUUGAUGAUGAUGAAUAAUAAUUGUCCAAGACAGCCAUUUUUUGUAUCAUCAAUGGAAACGUCCACAUUAUCAUUAGCCACACAGCAACAACAACAAUCAACCCUUAAUAGAACUGUACAGCUUAAAAAUGGUCAUUAUAUUCCUGUUGUUGGUUUAGGCACAUCAAGGAUUGCAACAACAUCUGAACAAAUAAUACAAGCCAUAAAAAAUGCCAUCAAUGUUGGUUAUCGUCAUAUUGAUACGGCCGAUUUCUAUCAAAAUGAAAAAGAUAUUGGACAAGCAUUAUAUGAACUUAUACAAGAUGGAAAAAUUACUAGAGAAGAAUUAUUCAUUACAACAAAAGUAUGGAGUAAUCAUCAUACAAAAGAAUUGGCAAUCAAAUCGGUUCGCCAAUCAUUAAAAAAUCUUCGUAUUGAUUAUCUUGAUUUAGUGCUUAUACAUUGGCCAAUGUCAUUUCAAUCUGGUGAUGAAUUUGUACCAAAAUUCACCAAUAACAAUACAAUAAUUGGUAGUGAUUUGAGUAAAGAAAAUUUUGAAUUAGCAUAUCAAGGUUUAGAAGAUGCAUGUGAUCAGAAUCUAACCCGUUCAAUUGGUGUAUCUAAUUUCAAUAUAAAACAAUUGGAUAAACUUUUAUCAACAACAACAACAACAACAACAACAAAUAGACGACGACGAUAUGAACCAGUAGUGAAUCAAGUUGAAUGUCAUCCACAUUUGAAUCAAGAAAAAUUACUUGAAUAUUGUCAAAAUAAACACAUACAUUUGGUUGCAUAUUCACCAUUACGUCGUGCUAAUGUAGAAUUAUUUGAUGAACCAAAAUUAAAACAAAUUGCUUUGGAACAUAAUCGAACAAUUGCACAGAUCAUUUUACGUUGGCAAUUACAAAGGGGUAUUGUUAUUAUACCACGUACGAAUAAAAAACAUCGUAUGAUAGAAAAUAUUUCAUUAUUUGAUUUUCAACUAAAUCAAACAGAAAUGUUGGCCAUUAUGUCAUUGGAUAAAAGCAACAAUAAUGGUGGCAGAGAAAUUACAUUUGAAUCAGCUUCACAUUUACCAGAAUUUCCAUUUGUUAUACAAUAAUAACAACAACAACAACAACAAUUAAAUCAUUUGCUCUUUAGUGUGUUGUACUAUACCACCAUUAAUGGUAGUUUAGUUAAUGGCCUCAAACGAAAAAAAAGAGAAUUCCACCAUAAUAUAGCUUAAUGAAUCAUCAUUAAUUUAAAUGAUGAUCAUCAUCGGGUUGGCUCCAAAUUUUGUCAGAAAAAAAAAAAUAAAAAAAUAAAUUUCAUUCACAACAAACAGACAUCAAUCCAUUUGUGAAUUUUAUUUUUCUAGCCCCCUCUAUUAUUUUUUAUUUUUUUAUGCAAUAAUCCAUAGUAGUAGUAGUAGUAGUAGUAAAAAGAAACCAUGUCAAGGUUCUA